AUGACAAACCUACGUAAAUCACACCCCCUAAUCAAAAUUAUUAAUCACUCACUCAUCGAUUUACCAACACCAUCUAGUAUCUCAACAUGAUGAAACUUCGGAUCCCUACUAGGAGUAUGCCUAGGAUUACAAAUCGUUACCGGGCUAUUCCUAGCAAUACACUACACAUCCGACACCCUUACGGCCUUUUCAUCAGUAACCCAUAUCUGUCGAGACGUUAACUACGGCUGAAUAAUCCGAUAUCUACACGCCAACGGCGCAUCCAUAUUCUUCAUCUGCCUGUUCCUACACGUAGGACGAGGUAUCUACUAUGGGUCUUACCACUUCAAAGAAACAUGAAACAUUGGCAUCAUCUUAUUAUUCACAGUAAUAGCAACCGCAUUUAUAGGAUAUGUUCUCCCAUGAGGACAAAUAUCAUUUUGAGGAGCUACGGUCAUUACAAAUCUAUUAUCAGCCAUCCCAUAUAUAGGAACAACCCUAGUAGAAUGAAUUUGAGGAGGAUUCUCAGUAGACAAAGCCACACUCACCCGAUUCUUCGCCUUCCACUUCAUCCUACCAUUCAUCAUCACAGCCCUAGUGAUAGUUCACCUUUUAUUCCUUCACGAAACAGGAUCAAGUAACCCAUCAGGCCUAGACUCCAAUGCCGAUAAAAUCCCAUUUCACCCAUAUUUUACAAUUAAGGACAUCCUAGGAGCUAUAGUAUUAACGAUUACCCUCACAUCCCUAGUCCUAUUUUUCCCAGACCUACUAGGAGAUCCAGACAACUACACCCCCGCAAACCCCCUAAAUACACCACCACACAUCAAACCAGAAUGAUACUUCCUAUUCGCCUACGCCAUCCUACGCUCCAUCCCAAACAAACUAGGAGGGGUAUUAGCCCUAAUCUUAUCAAUCCUAAUCCUAGCUAUUAUACCCAUACUACACACAUCAGCCCAACGAAGCCUAACCUUCCGACCAAUCAGCCAACUACUAUUCUGAAUACUAGUAGCAGAUCUAAUUACCCUAACAUGAAUUGGAGGUCAACCGGUUGAACACCCAUUCAUCAUUAUUGGCCAAGUAGCCUCAAUUCUAUACUUCUCAAUCAUCCUAAUCCUAAUACCACUAGCAGGUUUAGUAGAAAAUAAAAUCAUAAAACUCUAA